GAACGCAACAACCACGCGCAAAACUCUCCUUCUCCUUCACAUCAAACUUGAUGAAAUUGAUGUUGAAACGCAACAACUGAAAGCGAACUUGCAUUCGCUACAUCCAAAGUCAAGAUACCGUCUUCUCCCCCCUCAUUUCCUCUCUCCUCUCAUCGAUCAACAAACCCUCAUUUUCCAAUCAACAAUUUUGUUGCAGUAUGUCGGAUGCUCUCAUCAAUGGCCUCGCCGGCGCCGGCGGCGGUAUCAUCGCUCAGCUCAUCACCUAUCCUCUUCAAACUGUUAACACUCGGCAGCAAACGGAUCGGGACCCAAAGAAGGAGAAGAAGAAGCUUGGAACUCUUGAACAAAUGUGUCAGGUUGUGAAGCAUGAAGGAUGGGGGAGGCUAUAUGGAGGUUUGACUCCGUCAUUAGUAGGUACUGCUGCUUCUCAGGGUGUUUACUAUUAUUUCUAUCAAAUAUUCAGGAAUAAGGCUGAAGCUAUUGCUCUUGACCGCAGGAAGAGAGGACUUGGUGAUGGAUCUGUUGGCAUGUUAUCAUCAUUAAUUGUGGCUGCUAUGUCUGGGUGUACAAAUGUGUUGCUGACAAAUCCCAUAUGGGUUAUUGUCAUUCGGAUGCAGACGCACACUAAGGCUUCCAAGAAAGUACAGCCCAAUCAAGCUAUAAGAUCUCCUGAAGAUAGUUUAGUUGCAAUAGAGCCACCACCUUAUGGAACUAGCCAUGCAAUUCAAGAAGUUUAUGAUGAAGCUGGAUUCUGGGGCUUUUGGAAAGGUGUAAUACCAACAUUGAUAAUGGUAAGUAAUCCUUCUAUACAGUUCAUGCUGUAUGAGACCCUAUUAGAAAAGCUGAGGAAGAGGCGUGCAAUGAAUAAAAAUGGUAGCAAGGGAGUAACUGCUUUAGAGACAUUUUUACUUGGGGCUGUAGCAAAGCUUGGAGCUACUGUCGUGACAUAUCCCCUUUUGGUGGUAAAGUCGAGGCUUCAAGCAAAGCAAAUUGCUGGCACAGACACAAAGCAUCACUACAAAGGUACAUUUGAUGCGCUCACGAAGAUAGUUCAUAACGAGGGUUUGUCUGGAUUUUACAAAGGGAUGAGCACAAAGAUUGUACAAAGUGUUCUUGCAGCUGCCGUUCUAUUUAUGAUUAAGGAGGAAUUAGUGAAAGGAGCACGUCUAUUACUUUCAAAGAAUGGUGCCUUAUCAAAGCCUCAAUAGUUGUAGGCUUGUUUUAUCCUCACCAUAUAGGUAUACCUUUCCAGCUGCAAAUAAAAAAAAAGUGAAGUAAAAUCAUGGCGGAGUUGAGCCAAUUAUGGGCUUUAACUAUGAUACCGUAUUCUGAUGAAGGAAGGAAUCAUGUGAGUCUCUGGAAAUGCAGCUUCUGUUGUGAAUGGUCAAGCAAGGGUUUCAUAUUACGAGUAGCCAAAUUGUAAAAUGUUAAACUUGAUUUGUAAGCCUUGGGAGAAAAAAAAAAAAAAAAAAAUGGCUGGAUUAUUAAUUAUUGUGUUAUUCAUAUUAAUUUUUUUGUCAAACACACAUUACUUUAUGUAUUGCUGCCAUCGGAGCUCAGCGCUUCAGCAUCUUGAGCAGCGGUAAAUUAUCAAAGCAUUCUGCUUUCAGUAUACACCUUAUAUUUGGGUUUAUGACGACAAGGAUAGCUACGUGUUAUAGUCACUUGCUAUUGUCUGGCACCAAAGUAUACGUUGAUGUUUACUGGAGUCCAAAAGGAUUAUCACAAGAUUCAAAACCAAGUAAAAUGAUGUUCCUUUGCCUUAGCUGGAGGAGAAAGUGUGACAAACGUUAAUGAAAAGUACCCUUCCUUUCUUUC